AUGAACACAGGGCCUCCAGCAUCCAAAGUCCCACCAGAAAGCGACCCUUUCGGCGAAACCCAGCCUUUGCUUGGUGGUGGCACCCAACCAGGGCCUGUAGACGGUGACGAGCUCGAAAACGGCAUUGUUGAGGUCCCUCCCCACAAAAUUGGGUGGAAGACUUGGACAUCCUACGGGGUACUUACCGCAGUGGGAAUUGUUCUCUUGACUCUGCUUAUCAAGGGCUUCAUUGACGCUGGGGAUGUCGAUUUCGAUUUGAGAGGGGCGUUGUUCAGCGCUCUCGGGGGAGGGCUUAGUGGCGCCGCAGCUAUGGUGCUUCAGGUUUUGACGCUCAUGCCCUUGAGAACAGUUAUGAACUACCAAUACCGAUACGGCACCACCACAAUUGAAGCCAUCAAGACCUUACACAGCGACGGCGGCUGGACGCGAUAUUACCAAGGCUUAACUGCUGCACUCGUCCAGGGUCCCGUCUCCCGCUUUGGAGAUACGGCAGCAAACGCUGGUAUCUUGGCGUUACUGCAAUCCAACCCCUACAUGAGGGAACUUCCUACGCUUGUCAAGACUAUCUUUGCGUCCCUCGCCGCUGCUGCGUUUAGGAUGAUAUUGACGCCUAUCGAUACCGUAAAGACAACUCUGCAAACCCAGGGCAAACCUGGUAUGCAGAUUCUGAGAGCACGCAUCAAGAUGUACGGAGUUGGUACAUUAUGGUACGGUGCACUGGCUACCGCAGCGGCCACCUUUGUUGGUCACUACCCCUGGUUCGGAACAUAUAACUACCUAGAAGAUACCCUUCCUUUACCCCACACCGUAUUCCAAAAACUGGCUCGACGCGCCUUCAUCGGGUUCGUUGCUUCAGUUGUAUCCGACAGCAUCUCCAACUCCCUCCGCGUUCUAAAAACCUAUCGACAAGUCAACGAAACGCGCAUCGGGUAUAUGGCGGCUGCGCGCGAGGUCAUCGCCGUCGACGGCUUGAGCGGCUUAUUCGGGCGCGGCUUGAAGACCCGUAUUUUAGCCAACGGUUUGCAAGGGUUGAUGUUUUCCGUCCUCUGGCGAUUUUUCCUCGAUUUGUGGAACGAGAAAACGAAGUAGAUUAGAUACUGAUACCCUGACUAUGCUCUAUUGACCAUUCUGUUGUGGAUACGGCCGGGUCUUGUUCUCAAAUCUAGAAUGGACAUACCCGUAUAAAUUAAAAUUAAAAAUCAGAUACAAGCAA